UCGUCACCACGUCAGUCCGCCACCAGUCGUUGAUCUGUGACCGUUCGACAGAGCGUCUCUCUGCGCCGUAUCGUUAACGCAUUUGUCGUAGUUGAAUUUUAUAUGUGUAUUUGUGUGUAAUCAUUUAUUAUCAAUUUUCUUAUUUUUAUACUUAACGGUAGUGAAAAGUUUAACGACAGUAUAUUUAUACAUUUUUUUUAUACAUUACUACCGUGUCACAUAUGUAUUAUUUUUGUAAUAAUUAUUUCGCAGUAGCCGUCCGUUGCGACCGCCACCGCGCAGUGUGAAAAUAUAUAUAUAGUGUGUGUGUGUGUUUUUUUUUUUCGUACCACCGUGUGGUUUUUAUUUCAAUUAAUUUUUUUAUCAUUAACGUCAUCCGAGUAUGUCUCCGAAGUGCGAUCUACUAACUCGCAACGGUCUGAACUGUUUCAACGGCGUGUAGACGGCUGUUGUUGUUAACAUACAUGUAUUUGUAACGCGCAUUGCGGUCAAUAUAUAUACAUAUAUUUGUGUGUGUGUAUAUAUACCAACACAUAGAUAUCCGAAAGAAAUUUCGUGUGCGUUCUUAUCUCGCUGUGUGCCGUGUUCGUAAAUUUACGGUGCGACCAUGCGGUGCCGGUGUUUGUGUAUCGCCGUUUCCAUAAUAACAUUCAUCGUUGCAAACGUCAGUUGCAACGGCGUUUUCGAGCUGAGAAUAAAAUCGUUCAGCAAUGAAUUGGGCAGAGAAGCUUCGGGCACGUGUUGCGGCGGAGUGUGCGGAACGCCAUGCCGGACAAAGUUCCGGGCGUGCCUCAAGCAUUACGAGACUAACAUAAACGUGAACUCCACGUGCACGUUUGGCGACGUCGUCACGCCUGUGCUCGGCGAGAACAGCCUAACGUUGCCGGCUAACGCCACGCCGAUAGCGUUCCAUUUCAAUUUCACAUGGCCGGGUACGUUUUCACUUAUUGUUGAAGCUUGGCAUGAACCAUCAUCAGCGAGAAAUUCAGGUACCACCAACGGUUCGGCGCUGAUCACGCGCAUCACGGAUCAAAGAUACCUGAAGCUGAGCGACGGAUGGGUGCAACAGGAGUACGCCGGGUCUACCGGCGGUGUCCGGUCUCGGCUGGUGUACGAGCACAGGGUCCGGUGCGAAGACAACUAUCACGGAGACGGGUGUGCGAAAUUCUGCCGCCCCAGGGACGACAAUUUCGGACAUUACUUGUGUUCCAACGACGGUGACAUGAUAUGCAUGCCCGGAUGGACUGGCAGCUAUUGCAGCAAAGCAAUAUGUGCACCUGGCUGUGACGAGAAGAGAGGUACAUGCAUGACUCCAGGAACCUGCCAAUGUCACGCUGGCUGGACGGGAUCCAGGUGCGAUCAGUGUCAGAUAUAUCCGGGUUGCGUAAACGGUUAUUGCCAAAAACCGUGGCAGUGUUUGUGCAAAGAAGGAUGGGGUGGUAUGUUCUGCAACCAGGAUCUCAACUACUGUACCAACCACGCACCAUGCAAAAACGGAGGUACAUGUUUUAACACUGGACAAGGACUUUAUACGUGCUCGUGUCCUCCGGGUUUCAGUGGACCAGAAUGCAAGAUAGAUUUGGGUUUGACAAAAGGUCUAGAUUGUUCAACGGGAUUGACUUGCCUCAACGGCGGAACUUGCAAGAAAAGCGGCGGAGUUUCGACUUGUUCUUGUACCAACAACUGGAAAGGCGUUAGAUGUGAGACUUCUACUUUACCGGCUUGCUCCAGCUCUCCUUGUGGUAACGGCGGUACAUGCGUUAACAACAAGAACAACAAUACUUUUGUUUGUCACUGUCCCGUCGGAUUUUCCGGUCCAACAUGCCAUCAACCGACAAACCAGUGUCAGCCAGAUCCUUGUCGGAAUGGCGCGACCUGCGUACCCAGCAAGGAUAGCUCAAGCUAUACGUGCAAGUGCGCUCCUGGUUUCACCGGUGCUCACUGCCAUUUACCUGAUCACUGCCAAAAAAAUCCAUGUCUAAAUGGAGGCACUUGCCAAGCUCAAGCCGACGGAUAUCGUUGCCAAUGCGUACCCGGCUACGUUGGUGACGUUUGCCAGAGCGAAGUGGACUACUGCGUAGCCAAACCUUGCGCCAACGGAGGGACAUGUGAAAAUCUAAAAAACGAUUUCCGGUGCAGUUGCCGGUCCGGUUUCGGUGGCAAAGACUGCAGUCGGUAUAUCAAUGAAUGCGCGUCCGGCCCAUGUGCCAACGGUGGUACAUGCGUAACCAACGACGUUGGCGGCGGUUUCAAAUGCGAAUGUCCCAAAGGGUAUACGGGCGCGAACUGCACCGAAGAGCGACCGACGCCAGGAGACCUUUCCAAACACGUAUCCAUGGAACCGCAAAUGGCGUCCGUCAACGGCGUGCUCAUGGUCAUACUUUCCGUUUCCGUGCCCAUAAUCGUAUUGGCCGCCAUCGCGGUGGUGUUGUGCAUGAAGAAUCGCCGGCGUAGGGACCAAAAGAAAGCCGAUGAAAACGCGCGGAUACAAAACGAACAGAACUCCAUACACAGCGUGGCCAAGCUGGGCGACCCACACGUUAUUCGCAACUCGUGGGACCCGUUGCCUCCACCUGUCAGGCAGGAGAACGUAUACUCGGAACCGUUGUGUUUCGGUUCCAAGGUGCCGCCGUUGACGCCGUCGCAGUCGUCGACGUCGCUUCAAAAACAAAAGCUGCUCAAUACAGACAGACAAAACCGCAUGUCCUUCAAGGAACAGGACGCGGUCAUUAACGCGUUGGACCGCAGAAUAUCAAUGAUAUCCGUCGAUUCCAAUCAAUGCAACAACUCCAAUGAGGUAUCGCCCAACAAAGCUCACCACCACUACCAUCGCAACAUACACCAACAGCUGCAAUACGAAAGAGCGGCGGUAAAAUCGAUGAUUUUAGACCAACACUCUUUUGCCACGCAAGUUUAGACUGUUUAAUAUGUUAUACAUGUACAUGUUUGUAUGUAUGUAAUAAUUUUUUUUAAGUAGACUUCUUGAUAAACCUGUCGGUACGUUAUUUGACCCUCUCAAUUUGUACUCUCUCUCUAUCUCAAAAGUGACUGGCUAAUAUUGUUAUGCCGUAAUUGAACGAUUAGACUUGAUAUCUCUUUCCCUGCCACUUAACAAUUAUUUUUCUAUCCAUUGAAAACAAAUGCGACAAUUUAUUAUUUAUUUAUUUAUUAUAAUUAUUAUUAAUUUUUUUGAAUUCUCAAAAACAAAUUAUUAUUAUUAUUAUUAUUAUUAUUCUACUCAUUCUAAAUGUUUACCUGUAUUCUUAUUCUUAUUACAAAUAGAGCCAGGGUGAUGAUCUCUAAGGCGUUGUGAUCGUUUUGUUGUUGUUAAUCAUAAUUAUAAGUAUUAUUAAUUUAAUUAAUAUGUGUCGAACAAAUUAAAAAAAAAAAAACAUGUUCCUGUUAUUUAAUCCCUAAGUCAUUAUUUUGUAGUUUUUUUUUUUUUUUUAUACGACUAUUUUUUUCUUGUGCGAGUCUUUAGGACGAAUUAAUUCGUUAAUUAUAUUUAAUAAUAAUAAUUAUUAUUACUACGAAACUAAGAAAAAAAUAAAAGUGUUAUUAGACGUGUAAUAAUUGUAUUCGUGUAAAACAAAAUUUAUACUUAAGUUUUUUGUACUGUAAUAUUUUGUAUAAAAGAAAAAAUCUAAUUCUUCGUUUGUACAUUAUAAUUUGGAACUGUGUGUAAAUAAGUAAGUUUACUAUUCUAAA